AUGUGGCCCAAGAGCGAUGUUGAACAGCUGGACAAAUGGAUCUCAGGGGGGUACAUGACCCCUGCGCGCAUUUUGAACAGACUUACCGAAAGCCACAAAUAUUGUGGCCUGAGAGAGAGCGAGUAUAUCGGGCUCAAGGACUUUUUCGAUCGUCAGGGCACAGAAGAAGAUGGGAUCGCAUACGUCGACAGAGAUGCAUUUGUUUCAUUCCUUAAGGGCUCUAGCCCUGUUCCCUCUCUAUUCGACGAAGCCGGUGAUAUACUGUAUUCUAGUCUGCUGUACCUCUCCAGAUACCCCUUUGAGCUGGACACCUCUCGGAAGAUGACCCUCGAACAACUUGCGAGAGCACUUAUCUGGGCUCUGAUAGAUGCUCCUUUUGAUAAACUACGAGCCAGAACUCUCUAUGACGAAAGCAAUUUCUGCCGUGGGAGGACAUGGGCAGAUCAUAGAAGGGCUAUUUUCCAGAGUCUUGCAACCUCUCGUGACGGCUCUAAGUUACCAUAUAACAGAGAGGAGUGGGCAGAAAAAGCCAGAGAUAGAGCAUAUCAAUUCGACAAAUUUGACCAAUACCGGCUAGAGUUCGCUGCUGUGAACUGUGAUGAAGAUGGCGAUGAGAUGUACCAUGAUGUCCUGGAUAUCCUUUUCUCCUCGCAGAUUGAAAUCCACCCGGGCUUUGCACCUGUUGCUCGAGAUAGUUUCCGUCCAUUAGCAAAGAAGCUACAUGGGGAUAACACUCAUCUUCACGAUCUCACGAUUCCGCAAAAGAGUUUCCAUGCUUUCAUCAAACUGCUCCUCGUGUAUCAGUUCGGCUGCAAUGAUCGGAUGAAAGGGGACGCCAUGUCGGAUUUGGAUCGUGUUUCCAGCUGCGUUACAAACGCUUUUGCCCGUAAUUCAAAUAUUGGAAUCACCUGGCCGAUGUUCGAUGAUGCCUAUAAGGUUACGCCCUGGCUCCUGGAUGGGUACUACCGCAUCCUAAGCAUCCUUUUUGGUAUACCUAAGGAGGGAGAACUACCCGGUUUCAAUGUGGAGAAUAUCUCUACCGACCUACCCAGUCCAACAAAUAUUCUGACAUUUCCCGUCAUGGCACAGCUUGGUAUAAUGUUUUCCAGGUCAUCAUACAGUUUCUAUAAUCUGCAUCUCCAUCGACAUUAUAAUCCACGUCUCAGUGAGAUCAGAAUAUCAACUGUUGCUACAGACAUCAGUGCGACGCCAGGAAGUGCCUUCUUUCUGGUCUCCGGCAAAAACAGAGAUACAGGCGAUGUUUGCAUGUUUGGGGCAUACAUUGCUGUUCCAUCCAAAGAUGGUGGCGAAAUCCAGUCGACGGAGGAAGAAAACGUAGUAAAUUGGCAAGACUCCUGUUUAUUCGAGCUGAGCCCUGUGCACGAUAUCUACCCCGGCAAAGUCGGGUCACCUGGUUGGACAAGCACGGAAGACAGUCUGUGUUUUGGCAAUAGGGCAAAUGGUGUGGCUUUUGAUCUAGAGAAUGACCUUCGCAAUGCAACUAUCUCCCAUACGACGGACGGAAAGCAAAGACUCGUCUAUAAUCCGUCUUCAUGGAGAGGCAAUUGGCAGGUGAAAUUUGAUAUUGAAGAGGUUGAACUCUGGGUUGACGAGGAAUAG